CGAAGACUAGUACUUGAAGCUAAAGAUCGAUUAGAAAAAGACUUUGCUGUAACGGAAUAUAGUCGAAGAAAGAAGAAGCACGUGUAGCACUAGUAACAUGGAUGAAAUAGUGGAUGGAGUCAAGAGUCCUGAGGGCUGUUACCUCAUCUUUGAGGCUUCCUCGGGUGGACGCCUCAUGCUCUUAUACAGCAAGGAUAGAAUCCCAAAAAAUGCUGUUGGUUUCUGGUAUGUCCACUGAUAAAUGCUGGUUUUUUUUUUCGGGGAAAAGAUAGUGUAGUUAAUAUUCCAUUUCARCAAAGCUAACCCAAACAAUACUUUUUGUAGGUGUGCCGGACCCGGACGAUCCAUUCAAGGUUUUAAGUUCAAACAAGGCGGAGGAAGAGUAGAGCUAAUUAAAGGCAUUGCUGGGGGAGAUCAGAAUAGGCGGAAAUACUUUUCGGGCUGGUGCCAAUUUAUAAAACUAGCAAAAGCCUUCGAUGGAUAUGUUAUAAAAUUUCGUAAGUUCAUGGUUGACAUCGGUCAAGAAGAACGGAGAUGCUGUUAAAUGGCUUUUCUUAUCGAGUUUUAUGUCUUGACCAUGGAUCGUAGCUAAUUCUGAACAGGGUGUUGAGGUCGAUGUCAUUGGAUUCAAAACAGAGGAAGAAAAAGCCUACAAGCUCGAUCUCGAUGCCGGCUUGAUCGAAGUGGCACCAUUUGAUGCAAUAUCUGUGGUACCAAAGCACAACACAACGUAUCACGGAAUCCAUAAUAUACCACAACAAAUAUUUCUUGAGUCUGGAAACAAAGCAGGGGCUGCGACUACAAUAUAAUAUGGGGUGGCAAUCAGUUGAAAAAGGGCACAAAGCAAUACGAUCAUGUUUGUCAAUGAAUGAAUACCUUGUGGUUCAAUAUGAUCCGAUGCAUAAAUAUCACUGACCCCA